UACUUUGUUGAGAGUUAAUUUGACUUCGUCCAACACAUAUUGAAAACGUAUGCGAAGAUUAUAAUAAAUGCUAAUCCAUUUCAUAAAUCACGAGUCACGUCCUGCUUCUUAAAUCCUGACGAUACGGCCAAGCAGCGAACCUAAUAAUGCAUAGAUAAAUUAAUCGCCCUUGUACGAGUUUAAUACAGGAAGCUGAAGGCUAACUUUUGAGAAGCUUAUUCACGUGAUACUUUGAUGCCUUUUUUCCAAGUUGCCACAUUAGUAUAAAAACACUUAGCGAAACCAAGCAUACAUCUAUUUCUUCGUUCUCAAUUCAUAUACCAGAACAGGAUGAACUCAACAGGAAAGUUUAUUGCAAUGGCUAUGGUGACAGUGCUGGCUUCGGUUCCUUAUGUGUAUGCACAGUUUCCUCGUGUCUGUGCAACACUGGAAGCCAUCGAAGCCCACCAGUGUUGUCCGUUUCUCAGCGGAAACGGCUCCAGAUGUGGAGAAGAGGAAGGGAGAGGAAGUUGUGUUGAUAUAAAGAUAGAUGAUUUGCCACACGGUCAGCAAUACGUUUUGGUUGGCAUUGACGACAGGGAACGGUGGCCGGAGCGUUUCUUUAACAGGUCUUGCGUGUGUAACAGUAAUUACGGAGGGUUCGAUUGUUCCGGAUGCAAACCUGGAUGGCAGGGGGAAGAUUGCUCUCAACAGCGUCCUCCAGUGAUUCGACAAAACAUUAUGAACAUGACUCAAGAAGAACGAGAGACUUUUCUCGACGUUUUGGAUCUUUCAAAAAGCAUUCCACAUCCAGAUUACGUCGUAGCACAAGACCAUUACAGAAAUCUAGUGGCGGAAAAUGCAACCGAGCCGAAUUUCAUCAACAUAACUAUUUACGAUUUGUUCGUCUGGGUUCAUUACUAUUCUGUACGUGAUACUUUGCUCGGACCCGGCCAAGCAUACACUGCCAUUGACUUCUCGCACGAAGGACCUGCCUUUCUUACUUGGCAUAGAAUGCAUCUGAUGGGACUUGAAAAUGACCUACAGGUCUUGUCCAAUGACCCAACUUUUGCUCUCCCGUACUGGGACUUCGCAAUUGGAGGUUCUGAGUGUGACGUGUGUACUGAUGAUAUCCUUGGUGGACAGAAUCCGAAUGACCCAACAUUUCUAGGCCCUAACUCUACAUUCGCCGACUGGGAAGUAGUGUGUCUUAGUUUGGAUUGGUUUAACGACAAUAUUAAGUUGUGCAACGGAACCUUUGAAGGGCCCAUUCGCCGAAACCCCGGGGGAAACAUCGAUCGACCUGCGGUACAAACGCUUCCAGCAACUGAGGACGUCAUCAAAUGUUUGCAAGUUGACGAAUACGAUACCUUCCCAUAUUUUUCUGAUUCAGACAACAGCUUUAGAAAUGCACUCGAAGGUUACUCAGAAACUGACGGUGAAUUUGAAAUAGGCGUACGAACUCUACAUAAUCUUGCACAUUUGUUCUUGAACGGAACGGGAGGGAUGACCCACGCAUCAGCUAACGAUCCUGUCUUUGUUCUUCUUCAUACUUUUACUGACGCCAUAUUCGAUGAAUGGAUGAAGAGGUCGAAUGCAACCGUGGCAGACUUUCCUGAAGAAAAUGCACCGAUUGGACACAACCUUGACUUUAAUAUGGUUCCGUUCUUUCCCCCAGUCACCAGUCGAAAUAUGUUCGUUCCAUCAGAACAACUCGGUUACAGUUAUGCUGUCCAAUUCCCAGAGGCUUCCACAGCUGAGCAAACAUCACCAUUUACUUGGGCAAUGGUGGGAAUAUCUGCAUUCGUUGCUCUGAAUGUGGUGGUUGGUUUGCUUGUGUGGUCGAUUCGUUACCGCAGUCGCAAACGUUACGAGGAUUUAUCUCUCGUCCAAGACAACAAUGGAAUUCAUUACCGGGCUUAAUUGCCCGUAUUAGCCGCAUGUAACCCUUUUGUCUUUUAUAUCAAGCAAUAAUAAAUUACGUUAUACAA